AUGGAGCAAACAGUGCUUGUACCACCAGGACCUGACAGCUUCAACUUCUUCACCAGAGAAUCCCUUGCGGCUAUUGAAAGACGCAUUGCAGAAGAAAAGGCUAAGAAUCCCAAACCAGACAAGAAAGACGACGAUGAACAUGGCCCAAAGCCAAAUAGUGACUUGGAAGCCGGAAAGAACCUUCCUUUUAUUUAUGGAGACAUCCCUCCAGAGAUGGUGUCAGAGCCACUGGAGGACCUGGAUCCCUACUAUAUCAAUAAGAAAACUUUUAUAGUAUUGAAUAAAGGGAAGGCCAUCUUCCGGUUCAGUGCCACCUCUGCCCUGUACAUUUUAACUCCCUUCAAUCCUCUUAGGAAAAUAGCUAUUAAGAUUUUGGUACAUUCAUUAUUCAGCAUGCUAAUUAUGUGCACUAUUUUGACAAACUGUGUGUUUAUGACAAUGAGCAACCCUCCCGACUGGACAAAGAAUGUAGAGUACACCUUCACAGGAAUAUAUACUUUUGAAUCACUUAUAAAAAUUAUUGCAAGGGGCUUCUGUUUAGAAGAUUUUACUUUCCUUCGAGACCCAUGGAACUGGCUUGACUUCACUGUCAUUACAUUUGCAUACGUGACAGAGUUUGUGGACCUGGGCAAUGUCUCCGCAUUGAGAACGUUCAGAGUUCUCCGAGCGCUGAAAACCAUUUCAGUCAUUCCAGGUCUGAAAACCAUUGUGGGGGCCCUGAUCCAGUCUGUGAAAAAGCUCUCAGAUGUCAUGAUCCUAACUGUGUUCUGUCUGAGUGUGUUUGCCCUGAUUGGGCUGCAGCUCUUUAUGGGCAACCUGCGGAAUAAAUGUGUACAAUGGCCUCCCACCAAUGCUUCCCUGGAGGAACACACUGUAGAGAAGAACAUAACUAAGAGUUACAAUGGCACACUUGUAAACGAAACUCAAAAUGAGUUUGACUGGAAGUCAUAUAUUCAAGAUUCAAGAUAUCACUAUUUUCUGGAGGGUUUUUCAGAUGCACUAUUAUGUGGAAAUAGCUCAGAUGCAGGCCAAUGUCCAGAAGGAUACAUGUGUGUGAAAGCUGGUAGAAAUCCCAAUUAUGGCUACACAAGCUUUGAUACUUUCAGUUGGGCUUUUUUAUCGCUGUUUCGACUGAUGACUCAGGACUUCUGGGAAAAUCUUUACCAGCUGACGCUGCGUGCUGCUGGGAAAACAUACAUGAUAUUUUUUGUGCUGGUCAUUUUCUUGGGCUCCUUCUAUCUAAUAAAUUUGAUCCUGGCUGUGGUGGCCAUGGCCUAUGAGGAACAGAAUCAGGCAACGCUGGAAGAGGCGGAGCAGAAAGAGGCUGAAUUUCAGCAGAUGCUCGAACAGCUUAAAAAGCAACAGGAGGCAGCUCAGCAGGCAGCAGCUGUAACUGCCUCGGAGCAUUCCAGAGAACCUAGUACAGGAGGCAGACUCUCAGACAGCUCAUCUGAAGCCUCCAAGUUGAGUUCCAAGAGUGCAAAGGAAAGAAGAAAUCGGAGAAAGAAAAGAAAACAGAAAGAGCAAUCUGGUGGAGAAGAGAAAGAUGAUGAUGAAUUCCAGAAAUCUGAAUCUGAAGACAGCAUCAGGAGGAAAGGGUUUCGCUUCUCCAUAGAAGGGAAUCGGUUGACAUAUGAAAAGAGGUACUCCUCCCCACACCAGUCUUUGUUGAGCAUCCGUGGCUCCUUAUUUUCUCCAAGGCGAAAUAGCAGAACAAGCCUUUUCAGCUUCAGAGGGCGAGCAAAGGAUGUGGGAUCAGAGAACGACUUUGCUGAUGAUGAGCACAGCACCUUCGAGGAUAACGAGAGCCGCAGAGACUCCUUAUUUGUGCCCCGACGGCAUGGAGAGCGACGCAACAGUAACUUGAGUCAGACCAGUAGGUCGUCCCGAAUGCUGGCCGUGUUUCCAGCCAAUGGGAAGAUGCACAGCACUGUGGAUUGCAAUGGUGUGGUUUCCUUGGUUGGUGGACCUUCGGUUCCUACAUCGCCUGUUGGACAGCUUCUGCCAGAGGUGAUAAUAGAUAAGCCAGCUACUGAUGACAAUGGAACAACCACUGAAACUGAAAUGAGAAAGAGAAGGUCAAGUUCUUUUCAUGUUUCCAUGGACUUUCUAGAAGAUCCAUCUCAGAGGCAAAGAGCAAUGAGCAUAGCCAGCAUUUUAACAAAUACAGUAGAAGAACUUGAAGAAUCCAGGCAGAAAUGCCCACCCUGUUGGUAUAAAUUUUCCAACAUAUUCUUAAUCUGGGACUGUUCGCCAUAUUGGUUAAAAGUGAAACAUAUUGUCAACCUGGUUGUGAUGGACCCUUUUGUUGACCUGGCCAUCACCAUCUGCAUUGUCUUAAAUACCCUCUUCAUGGCCAUGGAGCACUAUCCUAUGACAGAUCAUUUCAAUAAUGUGCUUACAGUAGGAAACUUGGUUUUCACUGGGAUCUUUACAGCAGAAAUGUUUCUGAAAAUUAUUGCCAUGGAUCCUUACUAUUAUUUCCAAGAAGGCUGGAAUAUCUUUGAUGGUUUUAUUGUAACGCUUAGCCUGGUAGAACUUGGCCUGGCCAACGUGGAAGGAUUAUCAGUUCUCCGUUCAUUCCGUUUGCUCCGAGUUUUCAAAUUGGCAAAAUCUUGGCCAACAUUAAAUAUGCUAAUAAAGAUCAUUGGCAAUUCAGUGGGGGCCCUGGGAAAUCUGACCUUGGUGUUGGCCAUCAUCGUCUUCAUUUUUGCUGUGGUUGGCAUGCAGCUCUUUGGUAAAAGUUACAAAGAUUGUGUCUGCAAGAUCAACAGUGAGUGUAAGCUCCCUCGCUGGCACAUGAACGACUUCUUCCACUCCUUCCUGAUUGUGUUCCGGGUGCUGUGUGGAGAGUGGAUAGAGACCAUGUGGGACUGCAUGGAGGUCGCCGGGCAAGCCAUGUGCCUGACUGUCUUCAUGAUGGUCAUGGUCAUUGGAAACCUGGUGGUCCUGAACCUCUUUUUGGCCUUGCUUCUGAGCUCAUUUAGUGCAGACAACCUUGCGGCCACUGAUGAUGAUAAUGAAAUGAACAAUCUCCAAAUUGCUGUGGAUAGGAUGCACAAGGGAAUAGCUUAUGUGAAGAGAAAAAUAUAUGAAUUUAUUCAACAGUCCUUUGUUAGAAAACAAAAGAUUUUAGAUGAAAUUAAACCACUUGAUGAUCUAAACAACAGGAAAGACAAUUGUAUGUCCAAUCAUACAACAGAGAUUGGGAAAGAUCUUGACUAUCUUAAAGACGUAAAUGGAACCACAAGUGGAAUAGGAACCGGCAGCAGUGUUGAAAAGUACAUUAUUGAUGAAAGUGAUUACAUGUCCUUCAUAAACAAUCCCAGUCUUACUGUGACUGUACCAAUUGCUGUAGGAGAAUCUGACUUUGAAAAUUUAAACACAGAGGACUUCAGUAGUGAAUCAGAUCUGGAAGAAAGCAAAGAGAAGCUUAAUGAAAGCAGUAGUUCAUCUGAAGGUAGCACUGUGGACAUUGGAGCACCUGCCGAGGAACAGCCUGUAGUGGAACCCGAGGAAACCCUUGAACCUGAAGCCUGUUUUACUGAAGGCUGUGUGCAAAGAUUCAAAUGUUGUCAAAUCAGUGUGGAAGAAGGGAGAGGAAAACAAUGGUGGAAUCUGAGAAGAACGUGUUUCCGAAUAGUUGAACAUAACUGGUUUGAGACCUUCAUUGUUUUCAUGAUUCUCCUUAGCAGUGGUGCACUGGCAUUUGAGGAUAUAUAUAUUGACCAGCGAAAGACGAUCAAAACAAUGUUGGAAUAUGCUGACAAGGUUUUCACUUAUAUUUUCAUUCUGGAAAUGCUUCUAAAAUGGGUGGCAUAUGGCUAUCAAACAUAUUUCACCAAUGCCUGGUGUUGGCUAGACUUCUUAAUUGUUGAUGUUUCAUUGGUCAGUUUAACAGCAAAUGCCUUGGGUUACUCAGAACUUGGUGCCAUCAAAUCUCUCAGGACACUAAGAGCUCUGAGACCUCUAAGAGCCUUAUCACGAUUUGAAGGGAUGAGGGUGGUUGUGAAUGCCCUUUUAGGAGCAAUUCCAUCCAUCAUGAAUGUACUUCUGGUUUGUCUUAUAUUCUGGCUAAUUUUCAGCAUCAUGGGCGUAAAUUUGUUUGCUGGCAAAUUCUACCACUGUGUUAACACCACAACUGGUGACAUGUUUGACAUCAGCGAAGUGAAUAAUCAUUCUGAUUGCCUAAUACUAAUAGAAAGAAAUGAGACUGCUCGCUGGAAAAAUGUGAAAGUAAACUUUGAUAAUGUAGGAUUUGGGUAUCUCUCUUUGCUUCAAGUUGCCACAUUUAAGGGAUGGAUGGAUAUAAUGUAUGCAGCAGUUGAUUCCAGAAAUGUGGAACUCCAGCCUAAGUAUGAGGAAAGUCUAUACAUGUAUCUUUACUUUGUUAUUUUCAUCAUCUUUGGGUCCUUCUUUACCUUGAACCUGUUUAUUGGUGUCAUCAUAGAUAAUUUCAACCAGCAGAAAAAGAAGUUUGGAGGUCAAGACAUCUUUAUGACAGAAGAACAGAAGAAAUACUAUAAUGCAAUGAAAAAAUUAGGAUCAAAAAAGCCACAGAAGCCUAUACCUCGACCAGGAAACAAAUUCCAAGGAAUGGUCUUUGAUUUUGUCACCAGGCAAGUUUUUGACAUCAGCAUCAUGAUUCUUAUCUGUCUCAACAUGGUCACCAUGAUGGUGGAGACGGACGACCAGAGUGACUAUGUGACUAGCAUUUUGUCACGCAUCAACUUGGUGUUCAUUGUGCUGUUCACUGGAGAGUGUGUGCUGAAGCUCAUCUCCCUCCGCCAUUACUAUUUUACCAUAGGCUGGAAUAUCUUUGAUUUUGUGGUGGUCAUUCUCUCCAUAGUAGGUAUGUUUCUGGCUGAGCUGAUAGAGAAAUAUUUUGUGUCCCCUACCUUGUUCCGAGUGAUCCGUCUUGCCAGGAUUGGCCGAAUCCUGCGUCUGAUCAAAGGGGCCAAGGGGAUCCGAACACUGCUCUUUGCUUUGAUGAUGUCCCUUCCUGCGCUGUUUAACAUCGGCCUCCUGCUCUUCCUGGUCAUGUUCAUCUAUGCCAUCUUUGGAAUGUCCAACUUUGCCUAUGUUAAGAGGGAGGUUGGAAUUGAUGACAUGUUCAACUUUGAGACCUUCGGCAACAGCAUGAUCUGCCUGUUCCAGAUUACCACCUCUGCUGGCUGGGAUGGGUUGUUAGCACCUAUCCUCAACAGUAAACCACCCGAUUGUGACCCUAAUAAAGUUAACCCUGGCAGCUCAGUUAAAGGAGACUGUGGAAACCCGUCUGUUGGGAUUUUCUUCUUUGUCAGUUACAUCAUCAUAUCAUUUCUGGUCGUGGUGAACAUGUACAUUGCUGUCAUCCUGGAGAACUUCAGUGUUGCUACUGAAGAAAGUGCAGAGCCCCUGAGUGAGGACGACUUUGAGAUGUUCUACGAGGUUUGGGAGAAGUUUGAUCCCGACGCCACCCAGUUCAUGGAAUUUGAAAAGCUAUCUCAGUUUGCAGCUGCUCUUGAACCACCACUCAAUUUACCACAACCGAACAAACUCCAGCUCAUUGCCAUGGAUUUGCCCAUGGUAAGUGGUGAUCGAAUCCACUGUCUUGACAUCUUAUUUGCUUUUACGAAGCGGGUUCUUGGGGAGAGUGGAGAGAUGGAUGCCCUUCGAAUACAGAUGGAAGAGAGAUUCAUGGCCUCCAACCCAUCGAAGGUCUCCUAUCAGCCAAUAACGACAACUUUAAAGCGAAAACAAGAGGAAGUGUCUGCUGUUAUUAUUCAGCGUGCCUACAGGCGCCACCUUUUAAAGCGAACUGUAAAACAGGCAUCAUUUACGUACAACAAAAAUAAAAUCAAAGGUGGGGCUAAUCUUCUUGCAAAAGAAGACAUGAUAAUUGACAGAAUAAAUGAAAACUCAAUUACAGAAAAAACUGAUCUGACCAUGUCCACAGCAGCUUGUCCACCCUCCUAUGAUCGGGUAACAAAACCAAUUGUGGAAAAGCACGAGCAAGAAGGCAAAGAUGAAAAAGCCAAAGGGAAAUAA